AUGUUCGUCGUUUCAAAUAGCUUUACAGGUUCAUUCCAAAGAACGAGCAGGGCGAGAGCGUCACGAAUCUGCAGCUCGACACGGAGCACGAGUGAAUGCCAGGGGAUGCGCGUUCUGCAGAGUACCCUCCUGAACGGGGAUCGCAAGCACGAGCCCAAAGAGACCAAGGAGCUGGGUUCAGGUGACAAGUUUCCCGCGUGUCGUUGUUGGCGGAGCAAAAAGUUUCCUAUGUGCGACGGAUCCCACGCAGCUUACAACAAAGAAACAGGGGAUAACGUCGGUCCACUCGUGGUGUCUGUCAAGUCCGGCGGUGCGAGUUCGUAA